ACACAAACCCUAAUCCUGCUGGCAUUCAUCCGAAUCGAAAUUCAUCCCAUUGAGCAAUAUUAUCGUAGGAAGAAACCCUUUGAUAUUGCAAUCAAGAGUUCCAGCGAUCUGAAACUGUCAAUAGUUGAGGAAGGUUUCGGUUGAUUUAAAGUUGCCAUUAUGAGAUUCAAAAAAGGAACCAGAGUAGAGGUCCUAAGUUAUGGUGAGGCCCCUUAUGGGGAAUGGCGUUCUGCUGAGAUUGUCUCUGGUAAUGGGCACACUUACAGUGUCCAGUAUAACGGUUCUAGCACGACUAAUGAGGCCAUAGUGGAGAAGGUUCCAAAGAAAUCCAUCAGGCCUUCUCCCCCUUCUGUAAAAUGCAUUGAUAGUUGGUCAGCUGAUGAUGUUGUGGAGGUCAAUCAUGCUGGUUGCUGGAAGGUGGCUGUUGUUUCAGGGUUUCUUGGUGAGGACAUUUAUUUGGUGAGGCUGGUAGGAUCUUGCAAGGAGUUAAGAGUUCACAAGUUUAACAUAAGGGCACGACAAUGUUGGGAAGACAACCAAUGGGUUAUGAUGCGAAAGAGCAAUUCUAGAAUUGGGAAGUCUGGGAAGAAUUUGAGCUUUAACAGUUAUAAGAUGAAACCUGAAGUUCCGCAGGCUAGAAAUGAUUGUUUUCCCAUUGUGGAUGGAAGUGGGCUACGGGAGUCUCAUUUAGUGUCAUCCACAUCAUUGAAGAGAGUGUCUCCUUAUUGCUCCUCCCUCAUUGAUGCAUGCCCAAGAAAAAUGAGAGCUGUUUUGAAUGAGGAAGUGCUUGAAAAGGUAGAUGCUGUUGCUUACCCAAGUGAACAUAUGGGUGAAAAAUGCGUGCUUGCUUCCUUUAAUAAUGGCACAAAUCAAUAUAAUAGAGUGGCAAUGGUGAACCCUAAUAAUGGUAACACACAUUGUCUUGAAAGAAUCAAUGAUUCUAGUGAUUCUUGUAGUGAUAUGUGUUCAGUUGGCAGUUGUAGUGUGAUAAGUAGUGGCCCAAACAGAUUCUCUAGUGAUAUGUUAGCAGGUGUUUGCCAAGAUGCGGAUAGUCUUUGUAGCGAUGCAGAGUCUUUAGAUGUUGGAGGUGAGGAAGAAAGAUGUUCCCUUUAUCCAAAAGAGGAUAUAGCAGCCAGAAUUCAUAGGUUAGAGUUGCAUGCUUAUUGCAGUACUCUAAAAGCUAUGUAUGCUUCUGGUCCCCUAACUUGGGAACAAGAAGCACUAUUGACUAAUCUUCGUAUUUCACUCCAUAUUUCAAAUGAUGAACACUUGUUGGAGAUAAGGAACUUAGUUUCUUCUGGUCAGCGUUUUUAAUAGUUUACACAAGCAAUGUUAGCACAGAAUAUUUUAUAUUAUGUUCUGAUCUAUGUACAGCCUUGUAAGGUUCAAAUAAGAAGACUAUGUCUUUGGUAUUCAUCUUGUAAUUGUUACUAGAAUUAUUGUGAAUUAUUGCAAGCUGUGAAGUUCCCUACCUUUUUUGUUUGUUUGACAGGCUAUUUGAGAUUUAAGUGAUACUUUUCAUUUAAAUUAUAACAGUUGUGAACUGCUACAUCUGCAAUGAUUUGCUGCA